AACAGUAAUAGCAUGGCAAGAACCAAGCAGACCGCUCGUAAGUCCACCGGAGGAAAGGCUCCCAGGAAGCAGCUUGCAACCAAAGCUGCCCGUAAGAGCGCCCCAGCCACCGGCGGAGUUAAGAAGCCUCACCGCUACAGGCCCGGAACCGUGGCUCUGCGAGAGAUCCGCCGCUACCAGAAAUCCACUGAGCUGCUGAUCCGCAAGCUGCCCUUCCAGCGCCUGGUCAGGGAAAUCGCUCAGGAUUUCAAGACCGACCUGCGCUUCCAGAGCUCCGCCGUCAUGGCUCUGCAGGAAGCCAGCGAGGCAUACCUGGUGGGUCUCUUCGAGGACACCAACCUGUGCGCCAUCCACGCCAAGAGGGUCACCAUCAUGCCCAAAGACAUUCAGCUGGCCCGCCGUAUCCGUGGAGAGAGGGCUUAAACUGAUUCCUAAUUCGCUUCAACAA